GCGAACUAUUACAGGACGAAGAGGACCAUUAUGAAAAGGAGCAGUAUGACCAUGGACUGAUGUUUGCUAAUGUCUUAUAAAGAAGCGGGAUGACAUGAUAACGUUACAUGAAAACAGUUAGACGACGUGCUGCAGAGACAUUAAAGAGUGUCUUGACCUAAUGCUGGCAGUGGAGAACUGAGAGGAGUUUUUACAUUAUGGAGGCUUUAAUUGACUAUCUAAAUGUUUUCCACAUCAAGGCCAGUGGACUGACGGUGACGUUUAGCCUCGGCCUCAUCUUCCUGGGUCUGCUUUACUGGUAUUCAAUCUACCCAUAUUCAGUCCUUUCACGAUGUGGCAUCAAACACCCAAAGCCAAUGCCUUUCCUGGGCAACAUAUUCAUGUUUCGUCAGGGUUUUUUCAACCCUAUCAAUGAUCUGAUAAAGACGCAUGGCAGAGUUUGUGGGUAUUAUUUGGGCCGGAGAGCGGUGGUGGUGAUAGCGGACCCUGACAUGCUCAGACAGGUGAUGGUCAGGGACUUCAGCAGCUUCCCAAACAGAAUGACUGUUCGCUUUGCCUCCAAGCCCAUGACAGACUGCCUGCUCAUGCUGAGGAAUGAACGCUGGAAGAGAGUGCGGAGCAUCCUGACCCCGUCCUUCAGCGCUGCCAAGAUGAAAGAGAUGGUUCCGCUCAUCAACACAGCCACCGAUGCCCUGAUGACGAACCUGAACGUCUCCGCUGAGUCAGGAGAAGCCUUUGACAUCCACAGAUGUUUCGGCUGCUUCACCAUGGAUGUUAUUGCCAGUGUGGCAUUUGGAACUCAGGUGGACUCUCAGAAAAACCCAGACGACCCGUUUGUCCGCCAUGCUCAGAUGUUCUUCGGCUUCUCUUUCUUCAGGCCCAUCAUGCUGUUCUUCAUUGCUUUCCCAUUCAUCAUGGCUCCUCUGGCGGGACUCAUCCCAAACAAAAGGCGUGACCAGAUGAAUAGUUUCUUCACGACUAGCAUCCAGAGGAUCAUCCAGCAGAGAGAGGAGCAGCCUCCUGAGCAGAGGCGUAGAGACUUCCUCCAGCUGAUGUUGGAUGCACGAACCAGCAAGGAGCAUGUGUCUUUGGAGCACUUUGACUCAGAGAAGCACGCUGCUGAGCUGGAUCAGAGGAACCAGCUGUCGGCCUCCGAUCAGGACGACCCCCCCCCCCCACAGGAGCCCUCCACCAUGCGCCCACAGAAAAAGAUGAUCACUGAGGAUGAGAUUGUGGGCCAGGCUUUUGUCUUUCUGCUGGCAGGCUACGAGACCAGCAGCAACACGUUGGCCUUCACCUGCUACCUCCUGGCCAUCAACCCCGAAUGUCAACGCAGAGUGCAGGAAGAGGUGGACGAGUUCUACACCAGACAUGAGUCAGCGGAUUACACAAAUGUCCAGGAGUUGAAGUAUUUAGACAUGGUGAUAAGUGAAACACUGCGCCUCUACCCUCCAGGAUUCAGGUUUGCGAGAGACAUCGACGAGGACUGUGUGGUGAACGGACAGUUCCUCCCCAAAGGAGCAACUCUGGAGAUCCCCGCCGGCUUCCUCCACCAGGACCCCGAGCACUGGCCCGAGCCGCAGAGCUUCAUCCCUGAGCGAUUCACACCAGAGGCCAAGGCCAGUCGACAUCCCUUCGUAUACCUGCCGUUCGGAGCCGGACCCCGUAACUGUGUGGGAAUGAGGCUCGCCCAACUGGAAAUGAAGAUGGCGUUAGUUCGUAUAUUCCGCAAGUUCAGCAUCGUGGCCUGCUCUGAGACCAAGGUUCCUCUUGAGUUGAAGUCAGCAAGCACUCUGGGACCUAAAAACGGCAUAUUUGUGAAAAUUGAAAGAAGAGACGCUGGAGAAGGCGAAGUGAAUUGUCCACCAUCAGACAGUUGAGACGGGCAGGUCAUCACCAUGGAAACCUGAUGAACCGUUACAAAGCAUACAUAUUUAAUAGUUAUCUUAUACAAGAUUGAAACAUUGCAUUUUAAGUUACAGUUCACUGUAUUUCUCGAUGACUGUGCAUGGUUAGUGCCUUUCUUCUUGGUGAGUGAACUUUAAAGGGUACUGAAGAUGAGACGUGAGUACAAAAAAGAGUCGAGCGAAUAAAGACGCACUGCAUAAAAGUCUGAAAUGAAUGAAUUCACCUCAACUAUUUGUCUUCCUUGCACUGUAGAAUACAUUUUUUUUAUUGAUAUGCAAGUGCAUUUAAAUAUAUUAAAAUGGGUGUUAUGGUCUCUACAAGUUA